CAUUAACAAGUGCUCUGUGGGGUCUCAGCAGACUCAUGCAGCAAGGAGUAAGCACCAGGGCAGGCUGCCAAUGACUUCUCUUAGAGUAAACAUCUUAUAACAUUCUUAUAAGUGCUCUUAUCACAUACUCCCAAGAUUUCUCUUCCCUGGACAUUCUCAGCUAAAGUCACCACGCUUUAACCUGGAGUGCAAGCACUGAAGAAGCCACCACACAGUGAGACUACAGGGACUCUCUGUCUAACUUUGGAGUUUUAGAGGCCAUUUAUUAAGAACUGAUUAGAGAAUAAAAGAAGCACAUUAAUGUCUGGCGUUGUCAGGAUUCUUCAGCAACUUUUAUUAAAGCACCGCAACUUCCUGAAAGAGCUUGUUGUUGUCAAGAUUUUGGACGAAGGGGGGCAGCUCUUCAUGUUCAACAGAUGAUUGAAGAAUAGCCACUGCCUGAGGGUGUGUAAAAUAAUCCUGAAAAGGGAACAGACUCGAGCUGAAGACCAUAGAUAUUAGGAUAUAUGUCAGGAUAGAUAAAGAUGAAUCUCUUUUGGGGAUGUCGCAUGUAUCCAUCACUUGCUUUUAUAGUAGUGACUUUGAGGUUCGUAAGCUCUUCCUUUAUCAAAGUCAAUAAUGGGAUCACAGUGAUGAAAGGACAGGUUGGCUACCUAUCAGAAAAUGACCUACAGUUCUUCAGCCCCAAGGAGAAAGAUGCCUGCAAACUGGAAAUUGUUGUUAAUGAACCGAUUACCCAGAGAGUUGGAAAGUUAUCUCCGCAGGUAUUUGAUUGUCAUUUUUUGAAUAAUGAAGUCCAGUACAUUCACUAUGGCUGCCCUAUAUUGGAUGAAGAUGAAGUCAUGCUUCGACUUUACAGGUUUACAGAAACUCAAACAUUCACAGAGAACUUCAUAUUGAGGGUGAAAUUAGUGGAACCAGACUGUAAUAUUAUAAAGCUGGGACCUAAGAAAUUGGAAGUCACAGAAUUCUAUGGACUAUCGAAUAUCAUUGACAAGAACACACUGAAUUUUGACUAUGAAAAAAGAUUGAAUCUGGAAUGUACUGUCCGGGUGUCUUCUUUAGAAUCUCAUUUGCCAGCUCAUGGUCAACUUGUCACUGGAGAUCCCGUGAAAGACCAGCCCCGAGGGGAUCAUCCACACAGCUACUUAAGUAGAACCAACCAUAAGCUAAGUCCUCUGUGCAAAAGUGGAGGCUGUAUUCAAGGGCUAAAAAAGUUACAGAACACAAUAAAAGCCAGCUGUGAGGAAUUUCUUCUUAUGGGGGUGCGAUACCAGCAUUUAGACCCCCCAUCCCCAAAUAUUGACUACAUCAGUAUCAGAUUGGACCUUACUGACACCCGGAGCAAAGCUUUGUACAAGUCUGAACAUGCAUGGAUUCCCAUUCACAUUCGAGAUGCUUUACCCAAUCAGAUCCCCAAAGCAGCCUUCAUGUCAAUGUUUAUUUUAGAAGUGGACCAGUUCAUCCUCACUCCCUUCACCACUGCAGCACUUGAUGCAGAGGACAGCGAAACAAGCAAACCCCUGCUAGUCUUCAACAUCACAGUCCCUCCUCAUAAAGGAUUCAUUACUCAUCUUAGUGAUCAUACCAAGCCUAUUACAUCCUUCACAUGGAAAGAUCUCAAUGACAUGCUCAUUGCAUAUCAACCACCAAACAGCAGUCAUGUUGAAAGAAGAAACAUAGAGGUUGAAUUAGAAGUUCAUGAUUUCUUUUUUGAAAGGAGCUCACCAAUCACGGUUUACAUAUCUGUUAGAACAGCUGACACAAAUGCCCCUCGGGUAUCCUGGAAUAUGGGGCUGGAUCUCUUGGAAGGUCAGUCUCGAGCAAUGACAUGGGAACAAUUUCAAGUAGUAGAUAAUGACAACAUUAAUGCAGUUCGCCUAGUGAUUUUGGAUGGCUUGCACCAUGGAAGGAUAACUCUAAGAGGAGGAAAAGGAUUCAUGUUCACCAUUAAAGACAUACAGGAUGGAGUUGUCUGCUAUCACCAUGAUGACAGUGACACUACCAAGGAUUUUGUUGUGUUCAGGAUAUUUGAUGGACGUCACAGCAUUCGCCACAAGUUCCCAAUUAAUAUCCUUCCUAAAGAUGACAGCCCACCUUUUCUCAUCACUAACACAGUCAUUGAACUCUUGGAAGGACAGACUGUUCUCAUUCAAGGCUCAAUGCUAUGUGCCUCUGACAUGGACUCCAGCGAUGAUUAUAUUCGCUUCAAUAUCACUAAGCAGUCAGUGGCUGGAAGCAUCAUGAAGAAACCGGGACAGAAUGCCUUAGCUUAUCCUGUUACCACUUUCCUACAAAGAGACUUAUUCAAUGGCAUCAUUUACUAUCAGCAUCUUGGAGGAGAAUUUUUUGAAGAUUCAUUUGAAUUUAUCCUAUGUGAUAGUCAUACCCCUCCUAACCUGUCUGGUCCUCAGGCUGUGAUUAUACAUAUAACACCAGUGGAUGAUCAGUUACCAAAAGAGGUCCCUGGAACAAUUCGUCAUCUGAUUGUUAACGAAACUGAUGUUGUCCAUAUAACAAAGAAACAACUACAUUUUAUAGACACAGAAUCUCCAGAAAGAGAACUUAUUUACACUGUAACUAAGCCUCCAUGCCGAUCAUCAUCCUUUUCCAGUGACCUAGAUGCUGGAAAGAUAUUUCUUGCAGACAGUAUACAGAAAUUUGUAAAGGAUCAUUCUGCUACCACAACAUCAACUUUCAGUCAACAUGCAGUGAGCCACAUGAAGGUUGCAUAUAUGCCUCCCAUGGAAGAUAUCGGUCCUGAUAUUCUACAUGUCAGCCUUACCUUAUCAGUCAGUAAUCAGCAUGGAGGUACCUUGUAUGGUAUCUGCUUCAAUAUCACAAUACUUCCGGUAGACAACCAACCGCCACAGGUAUUGGCAUAUGAUCUGAGAGUGGAGGAAGGCAGCUCCCAUCCCUUAACUGUGGAACAUGUUUAUAUCAGUGACAAGGACACAAAUCAAGACAAGCUUCGUAUCACUUUGCAAGCAGCACCGUUACAUGGAACAAUUCAACUAGAUGGCAGACCAAUUAAUGAAGGAGAACAAUUCCGCUACCUGGACUUCAGCAUGUUAAAAGUUAGGUACCAGCAUGAUGGUUCAGAGACCCUAGAAGAUGAAAUUAAAUGUAUUGCUACAGAUGGUAUCAACUCUGCUGAGUUUCUUCUAAAAAUACAGGUUUUACCAGUAAAUGAUGAGCCACCAGUUAUGAAGGACAACCUCUUACCAACAAUAUACUGUUCAGAGGGAGAUGGAGUGGUCCUUUCAAGCGACUAUAUCUAUGCUGUUGAUGCAGAUAGCGAUGAUACGAAACUGAUGUUUAUGAUUGCACGCCAGCCUCGCUGGGGCAUUAUCCAGAAGAAUGGAGUCACCAUUGACCGGUUCUCUCAAAGAGAUGUUCUUGAAGGAGUUGUGAUCUACAAGCAUACCAGUGGAGAAAUUGGAUUGCAACCUUGCUAUGACAUUAUAACCCUUGUUAUCUCGGAUGCUGAAUUGGAUGCUGAUGUGAACAACUGCUGCUCUAAUGGACCCCUUCACCCGCUAGUGCCCAAUCAUGACUCUUUUCCAGUGUAUGACCUAAAUAUCACUGUUUUUCCUGUGGAUAACCAAUCACCAUCAAUCACAAUAGAUGACAUAUUUACUGUGAAUGAAGGCAAAUCAUGUACAAUUACUGUAAGUCACUUACAUGCCAGUGACCCUGACACAGACAACAAUUAUUUGAAAUUUGUACUUGUUUCUCCUCCUCGAUAUGGCUACAUUGAAAAUAUUCUCCCAUCUCCAGGUUUUGAGAAAAGUAACAUGGGAAUAAGUAUUGAUUCAUUUACAUUGAAGGACAUCAUAUCACAAAAUAUAAACUAUGUCCAGUCGAGACAUCACCGGAUUGAACCAACUGCAGAUCAGUUUACUUUAUAUGUCACUGAUGGGAAACAUCACUCUCUGGAGAAGCCAUUUUACAUCAUAAUCAACCCAACAAAUGAUGAAGUUCCAGAAUUUAUGGCCAGAAAUAUCACAGUGGAGGAAGGCCAAAUGAGAGAACUUGAUCCUUCAGUAAUUAAUGUGUCAGACAUGGAUGUCCCCCAGAAUUACUUAUCAUUUACUGUUACAGUACAUCCUCAUCAUGGGUUACUUAUUGAAGAAGGUUUUGGAGUAGACCAAAUUAGACAACUACUUUCUAAAAGCGGCAAAAAUAGCACCGUUCCUAUGGUUUAUGACUUCGAAAUGGAACAACUCAGAAAUGGUAUGAAGCUAGCAUAUGUGCAUGAUGACUCUGAAAACCUUGCUGACAGCUUCACAAUCCGAUUGUCGGAUGGACAACAUGAAGUGGAGAGAACCAUCUUUGUUACGAUCAUUGGGGUUAAUGAUGAAAAACCAGUCCUUACAAAGCACUGUGAAGUAGUGCUGAGCCUGGGUGAAAAUUACAUUAUUUCAAGUGCUGUACUGUCAGCUGAAGAUAAAGACACUCCCAGAGAAGAAAUUUACUACAUAAUUGACCAAACUCCAGGCCAAGGAGAACUUCAAAUGAAGGUACAUGAAAAGUGGAUAAACUUAAAUACUGGAAUGAAAUGUAGUCAAGACGACAUUGAUAUGAAUCUGAUCAGAUAUGUCCACAGAGGAACACUUGGUUCAAAAAAUGAAGACAGCUUUACUUUCCACCUGUGGGAUGGCAGGAACAGGUCUCCUGAGCUACAAUUUCACAUCCUAGUUAAAGAUAUGGAGAAGGGAGACAUUGCAGUAUUUGUGAAAACACUUCAUGUGUCAAGAGGAGACCGGGUCAUCUUAAGCACUAAUGUUCUCCUGGCCACUGAUGGCACAGACAAGCCAGAAGAGCUGCUAUAUGUAGUCGUCUCCCCGCCGCAAUACGGGCAGAUUGAAUAUGCCAACCACCAUGGAAUUCCCAUAACAAGCUUCAGUCAGAUGGAUGUGGCCGCUCAGACUGUCUGCUAUGUCCACAAUGGCAAAGCUGCAGCUGCUGCUGAUACGUUCAAAUUCCUUGUCAGCAAUGGGCUGCGAACAAAACAUGGCACUCUGGAUAUAGCAGUGGAGAUGGUAGACAAAACUCUUCCAACGCUGUGCAAGAAUUAUGGUCUUAGACAGGUGAAAGGAUCUAUGGCAUUGAUCACCACAGAAAUUCUUCAGGCAACUGACCCAGAUACAUCACUGGAGAAUAUUACCUUUCUGAGUCAACCUCCCCAGUAUGGGCAAAUAUAUUUAAGAGGGGGCACCAACUGAAGGAGAGCAACUUUAACCCAGAAAGAUAUUGAAAAUAUGGAUGUUGCCUACAGACAUGGAGGGCAGGAUGCUCAGAUUGACAAGUUAACAUUUCUUGUUAUGGAUAAAACAAAUAAAGGAUUUAUAAUGGAUGGAAAGGUGCAGAUGAAUCCAGUGCCGUUCAUUAUACAGGUUGAUUUUCCAGAUGAUACCAGUCCUAGAAUUGUCCACCUUUACUGUGCAGCACAAAUUCAGCUUCUCGAUGAUGAUCGGUAUGGAAUCUACAUAACAUCUAGGGAAAUAAAGGCUAUUGAUCCAGGGACAGAGGAGGAAAAAAUUAUCUUUAAAAUAUUAAGAGCUCCUCAGAGGGGAUACCUGGAGAAUGUUGUAUCAGGCGAUUUUAUUUCAGACCAAUUCACGCAGAAGGACUUGAGCAGCAAAUCUUUAUUGUACGUAGUAAACCCAUCAGUUGACGUCUAUGAAGAUUCAGUGGAAUUUGAAGUUACAGAUCCAUCUGGAAACAGAGCUGCACCUCAAAUCUUGGAAAUAAAAUGGUCUCACGUUGAGUUGCUCCAGGACAUGUAUGAGGUGUGUGAGACGGAGGCACUGGUGUCUUUGAAGAUAACACGCUGGGGUUACUCUGUAGACUCUGCUUUCAUUUCACUACAGGUAAAUGGAGUAAGUGCUGUGGAUGGAAAAGAUUUUUCUUCAAGCUCUUCAAGACUAAUCCAGUUUGACCCAGGAGUGUCAACCAGGACGUGGAAUAUAGCAAUUACCCAAGAUGGAUUAGAAGAGGACGAUGAGACCUUUGAAGUGAUUCUAAAUUCUCCCGUGAAUGCCGUUCUUGGCACUAAUACAAGAGCUGUAGUGAAAAUUGUGGACCCCAGAGGAGGAAUUUGCCAUUUAGGGAAGGUAAAAAGUACUGUGACAAACUGCACCAAUAAGCCAGUACAUCUACAAUGUAGCCAUAGCCUGGGAGAAUCUCCACGUCCUAACCUAAAAGGGGAAGAAGGAGUCAUCAGAGGAGAUGUGCUAGAAGAAUUUAGCCCUACACAGAAUGAAAAGAAAAGACUCAGGCUUGUCGGAAAUGGAAAAUCAGUAAAACCAUCAUCUGUGCACCAUAAUGGAACUGACACCAUUUAUACAUAUCAUGGCAUAGUGUCACUUAGACUGGAAGAAGAGAGAAUCAACUCCAGCAAGGUAGCCAGGUUAUCAGUGACAAACCAUGGUCAGCCAAGGAUGGAAGCUGCAUCCCGAAGGGCAGAUCAUCUACAGUCAGACAGAGCUCUGGUGACCACUGAUUCUUCUGCUGCAAAAAAGAAGACAUCGCAAUUUCCAAAGGAAUGUACUCCAGGGUUGAGAGGACUUCUGCAUUUUGAUCAAAAGAGCCAAAAGCUUUUCCAGUGUGAUGGUUCAUCAUGGAAUACCUGGGUACCUACAGCCAAGGCAACAAAAUGUCCAUUUGGCUGGACUCCACAUGACAGCAGCUGCUACAAACAUAUCACUGAGCAGAAGGCCAUGUGGAUCACCGCCGCCCGGAUAUGUCGGGAAGAAUAUCAUGCUACACUUGUAGACAUAUUCACUAAAGAGCAAAUGGAUUGGCUGUGGAACUUCAGUGGGAGGAAAUCUUUUUGGAUCGGACUCAAUGAUCGAGUAAACCAUGGCAAAUGGGAAUGGAGCAAUGGAGAGAAGGCUGCAUACACUAACUGGAAAAGAAGUCCACCUCCCCGGUCAAAAAAAGGGAGAAAUUGUGUUUCAGUACAAAAAAAAGGGAAAUGGCAGGUCAAGAGCUGCCGGAAAACGUAUUAUUAUAUAUGCUCAAAAAAUAUGUAACAAAUAUGACUUUUACUAAUUGAUGUACAAUAUUAAUUAUAUUUAUUAUUCUGAUUUCAAUUGCUUAAUUUGAUUGUUCAUCUCUAUAUCUAUCUAUUUCCUAUCUAUCUAUCGAUUUAUCUAUCUAUGUAUCUAUCUAUCUAUCUAUCUCCUAUCUAUCUCUCUAUCUAUCUAUCUAUCUAUCUAUCUAUCUAUCUAUCUAUC